AUGACUGUUGAAGAUCAAAAAUCAUAUGUUUUCCAAGCUAAAAUCGAUGAACAAUUACCUAAUGUGUUGAGUGGUAAUGGGAUUAAAAUCCAAGUCGAGAAAGAUGGUAAAGUAACUGAAUUAAUUGAUGCCAUGACUGGUGCUGCUGUUGGUGCUUUAGGAUGGGGAGAUCCUGAAGUUCAUAAAAUUAUGAGUGAAGCUGCUACUGUUACCAGUUAUUCCUAUCCUGCUUAUAUUGGUAAUAAACAUGCUGAAGCUUUAGCUAAAUUUUAUAUUGAUAAUUCUCCAAAAGGAGCCUUUGCUGGUGCUUUAUGGUGUGGAUCUGGAUCUGAAUCAAAUGAAAAUGCUUUAAAACUUGUUAGACAAUAUCAUUUAGAAAAGGGUAAUAUUAAGAAAACUAAAUUUAUUUCAAGAACUACCUCAUAUCAUGGAUUUACAAUUGGUGCUUUAUCAAUUUCUUCUAAUACAAGAGCUAAGAAUUUUAAAGAUAUUUUAUUACCUGAAUCUCAAUGUUUAAAAAUGCCAGUUUGUUAUGAAUAUAGAAAUAAAAAGAAAACUGAAUCAACUGCUGAAUAUGUCCAAAGAUUAUUAGAUAAUUUAGAAGAAAUGAUUUUGGCUGAAGAUCCAGAUACUAUUGCUGCUGUUAUUGUUGAAACUUUACCUGGUUCAUCAUUAGGUACAGCUCCACCUCCAGCAGGAUAUUUACCAGGGAUUAGAGCUUUAUGUAAUAAAUAUGAUGUUUUAUUCAUGUUAGAUGAAGUUAUGUGUGGUACUGGUAGAUGUAAUCCAAAUGGAGGAUUAAAUUGUUGGGAAAAUUUCUUAACUGUUGAACAAGGUCCAGAUAUUCAAACUGUUGGAAAGACUUUAGGUUCAGGAUAUGUUUCAAUUGCUGGGAUUUUAAUCUCACCAAAAGUUAGAAAUACAUUUUUAAAGGGUUCAGGUAAAGUGUUUGGAGCUCAUACUUAUUCCGGUCAUGCUUUUAACUGUUUAGUAGCAUUAAAAGUUCAAGAAAGAAUUAAAGAAUUAAAAUUAACUUCAAAUAUUUUUAAAAUGGGUAAUCUUUUAGGUGAAAAAUUAACUGAAUCAUUAAAGGAUUCUCCAUUAGUCGGUGAUGUUAGAGGUAUUGGUGGAUUUUGGUCAGUUGAAUUAGUUAAGAAUAAAGAUACCAAAGAAUCAUUCCCCUUACCAUUAGAUGUUUGUCAUCAUUUACAAGAUAUCUGUUUUGAUAAUGGAUUAACUGUUAUGGGUAAUCAAUGUUGUAAUGUUGAUUCAGGUGAUCAUGUAUCAUUAGCUCCAUCCUUCAUUAUAACCGAAGAGAAUGUCGAACAAAUUGUUCAAAUCUUUACUAAAUCAGUUAAUGAUUUACAAAAGGAAUUAAUUGCUUCUGGAGAUUUUUAG